AUGGUAAAUGAGGACGAGCCGCACCGCUUCUCGGCAGGGUAUGGCUGGCAAAGUGGGAGCGAGCCGCAUCUGGACAAGCGAGCGGUGCAUCCGCUUGCAGCAGUCACCGAGAUGAGAGCCCCCUGUAUCCCCCAGAAGCACGGUCGCCAAGUCUGCACCCCCCCAACCAAGGAGUCGACAAGAAGUCCCGCCGACUCGAGCGCCGCGGUCGACGGUCCAGCUGACGCGGCAGCUGGAAAGACUGACGGGCAGUUUCCGGACUCUUCCCGAUGGCGUUGGCGCGUCCACAGUGAUCGAGAGGGACAAAGCGGAGCUGCUGGAGCGACAGGAGGAUCGGAUCAGAAGUAA